AAAAGUGUCGAAAAAUUAAUUGUCUGAAAUGUGUCGGUUUUCAUUCUUCUCCGAUUGUGAAUGCAGACCUGUAAAAUGUGAUACACAAUCAAUCUCACUGAAUUACCAGUGAAGUGUUCAGUGUGUUCACGGCUGCUUCGUUGAUAACAUAUACUUAAAAUGAGCUUCUCUGCGAAAAAUAUCGUAAUUACUGGUGGUGCGGGUGAAAUCGCCUUGGAACUGGUACAACAUCUGCUAGACCAUGGCGCUGAGAAUAUUGCUCUGCUGGACAUUGAUCAGCGUAUCGAAUCGAUCACAAAGAUUUGCAACGCCAAUCCGACAAAACAGAUUCGAUUUUAUUUAACCGACGUCUCGAGCAGAUCGAAUCUGGAACAGGUAUUCAAAGAAGUUAUUGACACAUUUCAUUCUAUUGACGCAAUUAUCGCCUGUGCCGGUGUUUUCGAUGAGCUGGAUUACGAGCGUACCGUUAACAUUAACUUGCUGGGAUUGAUGCACACUAAUCAUAUUGGAUUGAGCUACAUGAGCAAAUGUAAGGGCGGUAGUGGUGGCAUAAUCGUGAAUAUUUCUUCGGUGGCUGGUAUAGAUUGUUCGCAGUUCAGUACACCCACGUACAAUGCAACCAAACAUGGUGUUGUGGCUUUCACUCGAAGUUUCGGUGAUGAAUUUUAUUACCAAGAAACUGGCGUCAGAUUCUUAACGAUUUGUCCGGGCGUAACACUCACAAAAUUUCUGGAUGAUGUUCCACAACGGUGCUAUUCAGUCGAAGCAUUCACCAAGUCGAAACAGAAAUUGGAACACAUGAUGCAACAAACGGUGGCCGAAUUUGCAGCUGCAUUUCUUGAAGUUAUCCGAGAAGCGAAAAACGGAACGGUGUGGCUGAUUGAUGGCGGAAAAUACAAGGAAAUUGAAUACAAAAAUCAUUGGUUUGAUAAUGUCAACGACGUCACUUCUCAAUAAAGUUGGACUCCAGAGAAGAUCAGAGGAAAGUAGAACUGGUAGAGUCUUUUAGCGUUCGUUAGGUCAGAAAGGGUUUUUGCGGUAAGUGGGCUCUUCCCGAUAAACAGCGUAUCCAGUUAGUCAAAGUAGUAAAACAUUUAUUCCGUCGCAAAACUUACAACAAAUUGAAUCACAAAACACAGUUACCAAAAAAAAAUAGGAGCAGCAACGUUGUGUUCAUUGUGUUUAUCAUCAUUUCGUCCAUGUCCAGGCCGAAUUACAAUUCACUCAAACAUCGU